AUGCAUACGGUCAUACUCACCCUCCUUUUUCUGUUGACACCAAUCUUGGCUGGUCCAAUUCGGAGGCCCGAUAACGUAAUACGUCGUUUGAAUCAACCACAGAAACGCUAUGUAGUAGACAACCUACUCUCAGUAACCCAUGGACUACUGAGGAGGCGACAAGCUCCCACAGAUCCUGCAAAUAAAGCAGCCGCAACGCAAACAGAGUCGAGCGCCAACCCGUUUGCCACCCAGACAGGGAGUGGAACAGAGAAUGGAGCGGUCCCUGCUGUUGGCGUGGGAGGAGACAAUACCAGCCUGCUCAGCCUGCUGACGCAAACUACGAUCGAAGUAGCCACUCAGACGGUUGCACCUAGCGAGGCGACCGCUUCUACAACAGACAACUCCACCGCCGGACAGCCCGCAUCUUCCGACGGCUCGGGGUCCUCAGAUAACACAUCUGAAACAGUGGGUUCUGGAACGGCUAUUCAACCCAACGCGGCGCAGACCGGAGCACAGGAGCAAUCGACCUCAACCGUCACCGUGCAAGCCCAAACAACAAUCUUCCAGACUGUAUUCGUUACUGCUGAAGUCACUGCAUCAACUACUGGCGCUCCCGCUGGGAUUGCAACAACGGCGACCACCCCGUCAGCCACCGUUGCAGAAGCUUCCCCUCCUGCGUCGAGUACCGGAGCCGGAAAUCAAGGAGACCAACAACCUGCCGCUGCUGUAACAGUUGUCUUCGUCACUCUCAGCCCAACCUUCACCGGUCCUAUAGCCGGAUACACGACACUCACGCCAGACGCGAACGGCAACGCCGCCAGCACUACUGCCACCGAUCAACAAGGGCUGCCAUCGACAACCGCGGCUUCUGGCACCACGACCCCAAUCCCUCCAGAACCUGCGACAGCCGCAACUACUUCGCCAUCAUCGCCCGUCCCGGAACCAGCUGCUGAAACAGUCCCAACUAUAUCGACUAGCACCGAACCGGUGGCUUCCUCUCUAGCAACAUCAUCAUCAUCAUCAUCAUCAUCAUCAUCAUCGCCUUCUGAAGCAACAGCGACUUCGGCAACGGAUGGAUUGGCCGUCGUUCCAGUGACGCUCAACCCCACUCAAGCUCAGAUUACGGUUACCGAGACCAUGACUAUCACUGUUACUGCGCGAUAG